UUAGAGUGUACCCAUGAAAAAAGAGGUGUGUGUGUGUAGAGUGCAACCAACAAAAAUCAAACCGUCAGUCUCCAUCAUCGUGGUCGGUCGCCAUUUGCUGCAGAAUUUUUUUUCGUCGUUAAAAUGGGCCGAACGAAGAAAGAAAACCCCAAAAAAGUGAAGACUACGGCCAAAAGUGCUCAACAAAAGCGUUCCCGGAAGGCGGGGGCGGAGCCCCAAGAACGUCAGAAAAAACAGCAAAGUGCGGCCAAAACGGUGAACGAUUCUGCGCUUAAACUGAAGCUGGACGAAAAGCUUCAGAAAUCCGGAAUAAGCCUGAGCCAGAAUGGUUUGGAAAUGGUGUCCAUACCAAGUGGCGCGUUUAUCGAAAACUGCCCGGGACCGUCGACCUCCAAGGACCCUCUGAAUUUGAGUGUGACGGCCGUGCCGGAAGCUGCCACCAAGAACGGUAGCUUGUCUCUAAUGACCAGUGACGAAGAAGACGACAGUCAGGAGGGGGACGGCGAUUACGAUGACGGAUCGACAUCAGAAGAGGAGACCUUGGAUAAGUUCUCGAAGUUACACGUUCACACCGAAGUCGCCAAACAAUCUGCGGCCAUGGAAGAAGAUCCGUUCCCGAUGCCCAUCAAAGCUGAGAAAACCCCACCUCGAGCUACACCACAACCGGAGAACGACGCGCUGACCUACGUUAACAUGUGGAAGAACAAGUUCCUUCAUCAGCUUGAGCAGACCAAGGAGCUUUCUAACAGUCUGCUCAAAGAAAAAGCGAAAUCAUCCAGGCUGAAUCAGCUAGUUAUCACGCAGAUGGCGAUGAUCCGGGAAUUGCGCCUCGGAAAGGAAACAAGCGUGUUUACCACUGAAGCUGGAGUGGAUAUUACCGUUUCCGAAAUGGAAGACAUCAGCUCCCAGUCGAAACAUGCUGCCGACUUCGCGCAGCGCCUGGCUGUAUUUUUUUAUGGGACGGAAGGCCUUCGCACGAUGAAGGUGACAACUAAGGGUGGCCAAGCGAUGAAGCCUAUUUCACCCAAAAAACUCAAGUUUAUCCAUAAUAAGGCAAGGCAACAUGUUGCCAAGGUUGCGGGGCUGGACGCCUAUGAGAAGAUAUCAAUCGAGGCCAACGCGGCCACACUCAACAAGGCAUUGGCAGAAAAAAUUCAGAAUUUGCGCAAGGCUCAGGUUCUGAAGGAAGCCCAUGGAAACAAUGUCUUCAACUGAUUCCUGAUCAUAACUGACGAGCACCAUUUGUGCCUACACUUACCGAUCAAUCGUAUUAAAUAAAUAAUGUAAACUCUAGAA